CCAGUUUGUCAAUCAGAUGUUUUCAGUGCUGCUGCUUUGGCCAUCGGGCAUGAAUUUUCGCCUUGACUCGUGCUUUUCGCAGGUUUUCCGCGAGUGAAAUUCACCCAAACGGGUGUGAAAGACGGUGGCUGUCGCAUACGAACCGACCAUUGCAUGGAAAAGUCGCGGCGGACUGUUUAACAGCCCGAAGAGUGAAGUAUUGUGCGCAGCACGAGUAGCGUUGCCGGACGGUUGCGGCAAUCCGGGGCGAACUUCUUAAGGCGGUUUGCUUUGUUUUCGCGAGCUUGUGCGGUGCAGAGGGAGGCCGCGCUAUUUCUAAAUUUAUUUGUUGCCUCAAAAAAGCUGUGGAAACUGCGUUCCAAUUGGAAAGUCGGUGCGUGAUUGGGGCGUUGCCAGACCGCUCGCUUGUCUCACGCGGCCGUCACUAGUUUGUUUUCAUUCGGAUUGGAAAAGGCUCGUUCCCGUCGAACUGAUUUUGUGAACAUAAAAUUGGCUUCUCCCACGUCCGUCAAUCCCCUAGAGAUGUCGGGGCAGGCGGAGCUCAAGGAGCUGGCCAUGUUCGAGCUGCGCCCGCUGAUCACGAACAUCAGCUGCAAGCUAUCCGCGGUGACAGCGGGCCUGGACGAAAAGCGGCAGUUCCUAUGCCUCGUUUCUGAGGAAAACGAGAUCCUGCUGCGCUACAUCAGCGCCUCCUCCGGCCAGGAGGUGGUCAAGAUGAUAUCCUGGUUCCGCAACCGCGUCAUCCACGACAUCUGCUUCGAUCCGGCGGGCGUUUGGCUGCUGGUGCUAUGUUUCGACAACACACUACACAUCGUGCCCGCCCUGGCGCUGGUGGACAAGGCCCAUGGACUGGCCGCCUGCUCGCUGUACAGCACCACCCAGGUCACCUCCUACAUCAUCCCAUUCGUGGGCCCCCACGAGUGUCCCAACUCCAAGAAGUGCCCCAAUCACACCACCGGUCUGGAAGAGUCCACUGCGGAGCCGGUGGAUCAGUUGGCUGAGAAUCUUGAGCAGGUCAGAGUGCAGGAGGGUGAGGAGGAGGAGCCUCUUGGCCACGAUCUGCCCGAGCACAUGUUGGUGCGGAACAGCGGAACUGAGGAGGCAGUGCAGCCACUGCAGCAGCAACAGCAGCAGACGAUCGAUGCCACCGGCAAUAGUCAGGUGAUGGCAGCCUCCUUCAUGGCGUCCAAGACCUGCCCCUUUCCCUUGUCCGUCGUCUGGUGGAAGACCAACAGUGGACAGAAUAGGGCCAUUAUUGGCUACUCGGAUGGCUCCAUCUGCUUUGUGGGCCUGAGUCCCAACUGCCCCAUGAUUGCGAGCACUGCCAUCGAAAACGGAUCUGUGAUGCGCCUGGUUAUCUGCAAGGACAAAGCCUACGAUGGCGUUAUGCUGCUGAUAACUUCCUCCCUGAAGCAGCAGUACAAACUUCUGCUGGAGCAAAAGGCAAUCAAGUACGUCUAUCCCGGAGACAGUUCCCCAACAACUCGCGAGGGUGCCUGGCAGAUCGUGAUGUCCGUGCAGGAGAAACAUCAAAAUGCAGCAACAGGCGCCCGACAAAGCAAUAGUUCCGAUCCGGCCUCGGACAGUAGCCAACUGGAAGAGGAUGUUUUCGCGCCUCCGUCCAGCGAUGAUGCGGGAUGCAAUGGUCCAGCAGCAGCCAGCUCAGACUCGUCCGCCGUCCCGGCAUCCGCAGAAGCUGCCACUGCAGAUGUGCCUCCACCACCGGCGCCACCUUCCUACAGUGAGGCAGUGGCUAGGCAAUCCGGCGAGCAGGGUGGCGUCCGCUUCCAGCAGCAACAACUGCCAGCUGGCAGCAUGGAUGGCAUUCUACCCGCGACAAGAGCCCGCCUGGCUUCGCUCAAGAGUCUGGGAUCGAAGAAGCUGCAGGCCAUCAAGAUGCGACUUUCCGAUCAGCGGCAAAAGUUCGAUGAAUUUAUGCCCGACUCGACGAUGGGCUCUUUUGCAAUCAUGGACUCGCCUUCGGUAACGCCGGAACCACUCGGCACCACCUCCGGAUCCUUUUACAACAUACAGAACCUGCGCAGCACCUUUCUGCUGAGCGCCCUGCACAGCAAUAGUCACAGCUUGACCGUGCACAGCAUCGACAUCAGCCUGAAGCCGCUGUUCGUUUACAAGAUACCCAAGCACACCCAGGAAAUACUCAUUAGCUCCAACAUACUCUAUGGCAUACACUACGUGGACCUGCACUGCCGCAGCAGUUCGGCGGACUUUACAGCGGCAUCGUUGAUGGAGGAUCCGCUGGUCGCGAACACGGAGAAGGAGAACCGGGACGCUGAUAUUGAGAAGUUGGAUCUGGCGGAGCUGAGCGUCCAGAAGAGCGAUUCGACGAGCGCAACCACCACGAACACCUCGAGCCUGGAUCAAAGCGAUAUGCCCAGCAAUGCCAUCAAUGCCGUGUCCGUGAUCAGCAGCGCAAUGGCCUCUCUGCAUACCUCCGACGAAGAUCGCUUUAAUAAUCUGGCCCAGCUAUGUCUCUUUCGCUUCGAGCAUGAAACUGUGCUGCAUUUAUAUCAGAUGGCGCAGUAUCGCAAUCCCGCCGCCCAGCCAGAGACGCUUACCAAAGAGGAGAAGGCCAAGGCUUUUGAGCUGAAAGAUAUCCACACGCCCAUGGAUUAUGUGCAGUUCUACGAGACUGCGGAUGUUAGCAGUGAGUUUUCUCUGCGGCAAAUGGAGAUUAUGCAGUCCGAGUUUCCGAAAAUUAACUACGAUCCAAGCUAUGUGAUCACCAAUAAGAAUGUAUACACCAUACAGCUGAAAAAGGAGCCGUUCGAAUUGUUCCUGGAUGCCGCAUUGCAAAACGAGUUUAACCAGUGCCGCGACUUCUGCAACACCUUCGACCUCUCCUUCGAGCAGUGCAUCGAGUUUGCCGGCGAUUAUCUGCUCAGGCGGAAGAAGAUUACUCAGGCCCUGCUCACGUACAACAAAGCGCGGGUGAAACCGAUACGCACUGCCUUGAAGCUGGCCAUGUACGGACACACCUACGCUCUAAUGCAGCUGAGUGCUAUGGCCCUGAAGUCCACAUAUCUGCUGCGCUCGCGGUACUUGGGUCACCCGCUGCUCAAGGGUAUUUUGGGGGACAUUACCUAUCGCCACUCAGAGGAUGUCCGUGUGAUCUUGCCCGAGAAACAUGAGCAGGAGGAUGUGAACAGCGGCGUCUUCUGCAGCGAUUAUCACUAUGGCGUGGACGAGUCGAUUAGCGCCCUUCAAAUGUCGCCGUCUUCGCAGUUCCAUUUGGCCAACUUGUUGCUCAUCACGAUGGCUGAGAAGGCAGUGAACGAUAAGAACUAUACACCGCUGUGGAACUUUUUGGUGACCAAUAGCAAAUAUCACACCAACAUGACGAGCAUUGUUCUCUGCCAAAGUGGACUCUUCUCGUCGGCCAUUAUACUGGCUAAAAUACGGGGCGUAUGCCUGGAUACUUUCAAUGCCCUGAUCAGCGUGGUGGCCCAGGAGUUUGGAUGGUACAACGAGCUGAACGUCUGCCUGUACAAUCUCAGCGAGAAUAUAUUUAUGGAGACAAUAACUUACUUGCCGCACGUGUCCAUGGAUUACUUUGCUUUCAUUCAGGAGAAGUUGGAUCACAUAAGACCGUGUGUGUUGCAGCGCCUGUCGAAGCAACUGAAUCCUUUUUCGCCCGCUCUAAGACCCAUUGUAUCCCACAAUAGUGAUUGCGCGCUGUCGAACGAUAACAAUCCGCAGUUGUUCGAGUUUUGCAAGAGUCUAAUUGAAACCUAUCUAGCGGUGCUUAUUCAUAUGGAAUCCCAGCGAGUGAAGCAUGAUUCAAUUGUAAAUGCUUUAUCAAAUUUCCGUAUCAACUAUGAAGACAAUCAGUUCGCCAUUGAAUCAUCGCGCUUCAAACCGAUCUCAGCUGGUUGUGCCUACUGCGCUUGUGUUGUGGAUGGUACCGCCUACUUCUGGGGCUCCAGCGGCAUUCCCAGUUAUUACAGUGCUCAGAAGUCAACAGAGCCACCUGAGCCCGCUCACGCCGUCAAAAGUCUAGAUCUCCUCUCCCAGCUCAAUUUGCAAGUGCACGCCAUCAAGUGCGGUCGUCAACACACACUUAUUCUAACUAAUAAUGGCCUCUACUCUGUGGGAAACAACAACCUGUGCCAACUGGGCAUAGGUCGACAUAUGCAGAUGGCCUUGCAGCCAAUGCUGGUGACCGCGUUGGAUGGCAUGAACAUAACGAUGCUCGAGGCGGGUCAAUAUCAUAAUGCGGCAGUGGCCGAUGGGAAGCUCUAUAUGUGGGGAUGGGGCGUCUAUGGGCAGCUUGGACAGGGAAGCUGCGAGAAUAUAGCUACUCCACAACUAGUCAGUUUUUUCAAAUUUAAGAAAAUAUUACAAAUAUCGCUGGGGCAUGCGCACACCUUGGUGCUGUGUGGAGCACCCAACAGCCACAUGGAGGCUAACUACUGCGGCAACGAGCUCUUCGUAUUCGGCUCCAAUCACUUUGGCCAGCUGGGCACCGGCAAUAGUGACCACGGCGACACCAAGACGAACCUGCCAGUGCGCCUGGAAGUGGGCGGCUGCAGCCUAAGACUGAUACACACCAAAUUUUUUACCAAUUUAGCUGUAGACGAACAGGAUCGUCUGUACACUUGGGGUAGUUCGCCGCAGGCCUUGCGUCUGGCCAAUCAAAUCAAGCGGCGCGCCAAUGCCAAGCAGAAAAUGGAGGAGAAUCAGCAGCGGGAGCUGUUGAGCAAGCAACUGGAGGCUACCCUGCUGCCGGCACCCAUCCCAAAUACCAGCACUCUGGUGGAGCCCACCACAUCCUAUGCGGCGGUGGUCGCCGGCGCCACUCCGAAGGCCACCAGCAACACCAAAGAUUGCCAGAAGGCGCAGAACGAGGCUGCGCCAUCAGAUGCUACGGAAACAAUUGCACCGGCGUGUGCAAAAGCGGCGCCACCACCAGCCCCCGUGGCUUCUCCGCCAGUGCUUGUCCCAGAACCAGAUCCCACGGAGCAUCUGACGCCCCAUCUAGUGGACACCAGCGAGGUCGCAGGACGAAUCCUGCAGAUCUCCAGUGGCUUGUUCCACUUCUGUCUGAUCUCGUCCAGCUGCACGCUCUACACGUGGGGCAAGAACCUGGAACACCAACUCGGCACCGAGGACAAAGAUCGAAGGGCGGUGCUUAAGCCCUCGCCCAUCGACAGCAUCGAGCGUCCGAUGUACGUAGACUGUGGUUCGGAUUUCACGCUGGUCAUGACCACCGAUCACAUUGUGCGUGCCUUUGGCGGCAACUCGAAUGGUCAGUGCGGCCGAGACUUGGGACCCAGUGUGGAGAGGAUGCGUCAGAGGGUGGUGUGCCUUCCCACGACUAAGCGACUGAUGCGAUUCGAGAGCCAGUGCGUGGAAGCACCGGUGGAGAUCAAUCUGCCGAGACCGCGCAUUCGACUGGACCAGGAUCCGGUCAGAUACCUAAAGGUUAUGCCGCCAUAUCAGCCGCACUUCUUGCAGCCGGCAAACAUUAGCUUCGAUCAUCACUGCUCGGUGGGCACUCCGAACUACAAGAGCAGCACGGAGCACGCGGCAACCGGUCAGGACUCGGACGACAUGCUGAGUAGCCUCGAAAACCUGAGUCAGAACGAUGCCAGCUUCUCCUACAACGCUCCUGUGCUGGGCGAUGCCCACAGUUCGCUGGAUAUGGACUACACACCCGAGGAGCAGAGCUACGUGCCGCUGCCAGAACAGGCAUUGGGUUCUGGAAUGCCCGCAAAUGCAGAGCAGUUGCUGGGCCGCGAUGAUGAUGAUGGCAGCACCUACACGCAGAGCACCGAGGGAAUGGGGGAGUCAUCGCUGCAGCACCUGCGCCAUUACAUCCACUACUGUCUGUACGCCUUUCACGGGUUGUAUAAUCCCGACAAGAUUGGCGAGUGCGCCCGUCCAAAUCGCAACGAGUACCGCAUACGCAUCUGCAUGCUCAACUUUCGCUUCGUAGAGGCCUUCCGGCUGUGCCUGCAAAGCUGCGAUUCCUCCCAGCGCACCCUCAAGUUGUUCGAGUACUUCAGCAAGGACACGGGCUAUGUACCGCUGAGGCGAUCCGAUCUAAAGCACCUCAUCUACCACCUGUGUCUGCACUUCCUGGAGCGCAAGUUCGAUAUGCUGGAGUGCGAGCGGUUCUUCAUGGGCGAUCUGGACUACUACCUGCUGGAGCUGGCCUACGUGUUCUACUUCAACAACAACAACUCGACGCUGGAGCAGAAUCUCAAUCAGAAGUUCAAGCAGCUCAUCGCGGCAGCGGACAGCAAUCAGGCAGCCACGUCCGCCGGCCAGGAGCUCGAACAGCUGCAGGACACCGACGUCAUAUUCGAUAGCUUUACGGUCAAGUUCAAGACGAUCCUGUGCCAGCGCCUGCUCAGCUACUCGGACUGCGAGGCUGCCAAUUAGCAGUGGCUGAGCCCUGGAGCCUCGUUUCCGGUUCAGAUCCUGGAUCCUCUCACGUUUCGUUCAACACGCAUCAGCUGAGGGCCCGUCGUUCGUCGUCUGUCUUGUUUAAUAUGUUUCGUUCGGUCCUGGAACCGGGGACUGCCCCAAGCACACACAAUCCCCAGACUCCCAGGCCCCAUCUUCCCUUACAUGUUUACGCGUAACUAUAUAUAUAUAUACCAUAAUUGUUGUUUGCGGUUAUUUAUACAUCAAAUGCUUUUUACAGCGCUGUUAUUUAAACGAAAUAUUUAAGACAAACAAAUUGUUUAAAGAAUCCAAUUUUUGUAACGCUUUGUUUGCCAUUGGCUACGCCUGCUUUUAUUUGUUUACUCAAUAAACUACACAGAAAUCGGAGAAAGAAAGUAAUCCAAAACUGCUCAUCGAACAGAUCCACUGAGGCUGCAGGAUAUACACAUGAAACAUACGGAACAUACACAUUUUCUUUUUUUUAUUCGAUAUCGAUAUUCAGCUUGUGAUUUGCAAUUAUUUAAUAAAACCAGAGUAGCAGUAAUAUAAUUAUAUACACACCUAAAUGAUUAACAAUAAAAUACGUUUAUACAAA